AUGCUCUUGCCACGGAUUAUCAAGCGCUACGCAACCCCAGCCACAGCAUCAGCACUUGCUUUGGGCCUGUCCUCACCUUUGCUCUACACGGCCUCCAACCAGAUUGCCACCCGCAUUGUCGGCGCUGCGCCGCUCAGGUCUUUUCAGACAACUACACCUUGGUACUUGCACCCGAGUAAGCCAGCCAGUAUGGGAUCCGAUGCUUCCAAAGUCACGGGCAACUUUCCGAAGGGAAAGAGCGAGAGCGAGUGGAGAGCGCAGUUGAGUCCCGAGCAGGUGAGUGCUUCUCCGUGCAAUGAUGCGGUUUCGUACAGCUUGUGCUGUGCCAUGCCAACACUACCACCAUGUUCCCUCCAUCUUGUGUAUCCCCGACUCAGUUCCGCAUCUUGAGAGAAAAGGGAACUGAGCCGGGCUUUUCUUCCGAGCUCGACUCUCACUACCCCAAGGAAGGCGUGUAUAGCUGUGCAGGUUGCCACACUCCUCUCUAUAAGGCGUCCCACAAGUUCAAGUCGGGCUGCGGUUGGCCCGCUUUCUUCGAUGCUAUUCCAGGCACAAUUGAUAGGCAUGUGGACAGGAGCUGGGGCAUGAAGCGAGUAGAGAUCACUUGCAAGGGUGAGUGGACGAUGCACUUCGGCACUCUGUGCGGUUUGUGAGUGGCUGAAGUGCUGUCUGGUUUGAUUGGGCUCUGUACAGCUUGCGGAGGUCAUUUGGGACACGUUUUUGAGGGAGAGGGCUUCAACAACCCAACAGACGAGCGGCACGUGAGUCACCGAGCUUUCAAGUACGGGCCGUAAGCCGCUGCUUAGAUUCGUCCUGUGUUUGAUCCAGUGCGUCAAUGGCGUGUCAAUCCGCUUCGACGAGAACGCAGAGCAGAAGCUUUGA